GACAAUAGGAGCAUUUGAGUUCCAGCAGCAGAAACAGAUGAGAGAGACCACUAAGUCUGGAGCACUCGGACAGGCAACAUUAGGAAAACCAGGACCGUGUGUAUGAUGCGAUGCCCGGAUCUUGGCUGAUGAGUUGGCUUCGGAUGUUUGGGAUUGUACUGGGCUUCUUCUGUUUUUCAGCUUUGCUGAAGGCAGCUCCCGAGUUUUCAGGUUACUUACAGAAGAUUUUGAAAAACCAUACUGCCCACGCCUGUGAUAGGGAGCAGAUGACAAUAAUUUGCCCCCACAGAACUUCCAUUAGUAUCCUUUCUGCAUUCUAUGGACGCCGAGUGCCCAGUCAAAACCUAUGCCCAACCACAGAAGACCUCUCCUUGGAAAGCACCGAUUGUGUGUCUGCCACAGCCCACCAGAAAAUGAUGGAUGAGUGUCAGGACCAGCGAUGGUGUCAUUUCUCUGUUCAUAGCCAUGUGUUCGGCCCUGAUCCGUGCCCAGGUACGCACAAGUACUUGGUGGUCUCCUACAAAUGCAGACCAGCCAACCAUCGCCUCAAGACUGUGUGUGAAAACGAAAAACUGAGACUGCAGUGCCGGAACAAGUCCAUCCUAGCUAUUUACUCUGCCAUCUAUGGGAGGCCUUUGCGAGGAAAGCCAGAAUGCGAAUCGGUGAACAGGACGGGACCUGACAUAGUGUGUCUGGCUCCUGAUGCCUUGAGGAGAGUUUCCCGGAGGUGUCACAAGAAGGAGAACUGCACCAUUGUUGCUGAUAAAGCCACUUUCGGAGACCCCUGCUUCCCUGGAGUGAAGAAACAGCUGAGAGUCUCCUAUACUUGCGUGCCAAGGCAGCUGCUGGAAGAGGUGGGCCGCAACUCCCAAGAAGACCCUUUCUUAAUCUCAGACUACACACAUGGUGGCUGGUACACUGGGCCGAGGCUUUCCAGGCUCCAAGAAAAUCUGAUGAUAUUUACUAGCUCUCUGGAAACUUUUGCCCUUUUCUGGGGCGUCCCUGAGAAGGUGGGCUUUUAUUUCCUGUGCGGAGUCUCGGGAGGCCUGGUGUUCCUCCUCCUCCUCUUUGCACCCAAAGUGGCCUUCCUCCAGGAUUUAAAGGAGGCUUUCAAAGCUGCAGAGUUGAGCGAAAGCUUAGAGCUGGAGACCACCAAGCUGCAGAAUGAGCAGGAUGACGAGAACCACGACGACAGCUCCUCCGACUCCUCCUUCCGCCGCCUCACUUGCACCUACCGCAACUCCAACAAUAUAUUCGGGCCAGAGCUCACUGCGGCCCUGGAAGGAGCAGCAGACCAUAUGGGCCACGAGGGAGAUGAGAUCUGGAUACCCAAGGAGUCCAGCCCAUAUGCCAUCCACAAAAUUAAGUCUGCUACCAAAUGAGAGAGAACUUGCCAAUGGGAACAAGGUCAGAGCUGUCUGUUGUAAGCGGAGGUGGACUGAGCUCAAUGGCUUCGUAGAAUUAUAGGAUCAUAGAAUCACAGAGUUGAAAAGGAUCCCCAAAAGUCAUUUAGUCCAACCCCCUGCAAUGCAGGAAUCACAUCUAAAGAAUCCCUGUUCCCUGACAGAUGGCCAUCCAACCUGUUUAAAAACCAAUGAAUUAAGAGUCCACCAUCUUCCGAGGUAGUCCAUUCCACUGUCCAACAGCUCUUACUGUCUGAAAGUUCUUCCUAAUGUUUAGUUGGAAUCUCCUUUAUUGUAACUUUAAUCUGUUGGUUUGGGUCCCAACCUCUGGAGCAAGCAGAAAACAACCUUGCUCCUCCAUCUUCCACAUCACAGCCUUAUAGAUAUUUGAAGAUGGCUGUGAUAUCACCCUUCAGUUUUCUCUUCUCUAGACUGAUCAUACCCAACUCCCUCAACUCCUUACAAUAAAGGAGAUUCAUAAGGUUUCCAGACCCUUUUAUCACUGGGGCUUUGUGAAGUUGGCUUUGUUAUCUCCUUUUCCCAUUCCAAAGUAUUUGGGGGCAAGGGAUUAGAAAUGUAAAAUAAGUGAGUAUAUUAUGAAUAGGUCCCCAUUUGCACCUACAUUUAAAGCAGUAGCCGUGUUGGUCUGGAUCGAAGUAAAAUAAAAAAAUUCCUUCAGUAGCACCUUAAAGACCAACUAAGUUUUU